AUGUCGACAGCCGCAGUUGCGAUACCGCAGCCGGCGACUCCGAGCUCGUCCCGAGUGCACUUCCCGGCGUCCAACGGUGAAGACGGCUCGCCAUCGACGACUCCGAACUCGACGCCCGUCCGGCCACCCUACCAGCCAUUCCGGCGCAUCUCCCUGCCGACGGCUCCUCCGAACAGACUAUCGCUCGUCAGCGUUGCCUCGACCGACUCACUGCUCGAAGAUCCACCGAGUCUACCUGCGGCCACACCCUCUCCCAGUCGGAGCCCGGCGCGCAGGACGCGUUCGCGGCCGACAUCUGUAGAUCCGAAGAAGGUAUACAGGAAGACCGAGCUCAAACCUGUCAACGAGGAGAGGGAAGAUAAAAGGCGGAAGGUUAUCGAGGAGUUCUACGAGACGGAACGGACGUAUGUUCAAGGAUUGGACUUGAUAUAUUCGCAUUUCCUGGCACCAAUAAUUGCCUCACUGGAAACCUCGCACCCUCUACUCGACCGCUCAGACCUCACAGCCGUAUUCUCCAACUUCAUCGACAUAUGGAACCUCCACCGCGCCUUCUUUUCAUCCUUGACCGAACAUCUCCGACCAUUCCUACACUCAACAUCAAAUCCGCGCGAUCCGCCGCCACCGAUGUCAAUGCUUCUACUCUCGCACUUCCCAUACUUGUCGCUUUACACACCAUUCGUCACCUCGUUCCACACGAGCGUCAGCAGCUUGAUGAGGCUCUUGACGACCAACACGACCUUCUCGAGUUUUGUGGCGAAGCAGGAGGCCGAUCCGGCGUGUGGGAAGCUGAAAUUGAGGGAUUGGCUUUUGACGAUCGUGCAAAGAUGUCCGCGGUAUUUGCUUCUGCUGAAGGACUUGAUCGGUUGUACCGACGCGGAUGACCCGGAAUGUGCAUCUUUGACGGCGGCCCACACGCUCGUAUCUAAGAUCACUUCUUCGCUCAACGCAUCCCUACACACGCACGCCCAGACCCUCGCUCUUCUCGCCCUGCAACGCAGCACACCCAACCUCCCCUUCCAACUCAUCUCACCAGGCCGAACCUUCCUCAAACGCGGCACCCUCGGCCAAUCCGAACGCGGCGCCCCAAUACGCGCCCGCGAAUUCCUCCUCUUCUCCGACUGUCUCAUAUGGCUUGAAGGCGAUCACAACGCCGAGAUCAACGACAAGUGGGACUGGGGCGGUAUUGGAGGAGGGAACGUCGGAAAGGCGAAACCGGGGUCAAGGCCGCAGAUGUUGCGCUCGCGAAGUCGGUCCGAGGCUGAGCUCUCGCGUAUGCUUGGACCGCGACCGAAAGCGCGGCAAGCCAGCAGUGGUGCAGGAGAAGAACGGUGGUGGUACCGCGGGUCUGCCGAGCUUGUCGAUCUUGAGGUUGUUGUACCGCCCUCUGUCGAGCCUGAAGACGAUACGCGCUUCGAAGUACUCAACCCCGAAGGCUCGUUCGCUGUCUAUGCCGAUACGCUGGACGCUCGAGAUGAAUGGGUCACCGCGAUACGCAACGCCAAGUCAUCGCUAUUUGUCACGCUCAGCGCUACGCAUCCCAACACGACUUUGACGAGCUCGGCGUCAAACGCGCAUAUCCGGCGUACGCUGCAGGCCUUACCGCAUGCGCCGGGUGAAGAGCCCAAGGACUCUAGGAGAGGACGGGUGGAGCACUAUGUGCCUGCGGUAUGGAUACCGGAUGCGAAGACUGAGGCGUGUAUGCGGUGUGGGAAACCAUUCGGGUGGAGGAGAAGGAGACAUCACUGCAGGCUCUGUGGGCGCUGCGUCUGUUCGGGGUGUUCGGGAAGUACGUUCUUCAUAGCAGAUGUCAACGGCAAAGGCAAGCAGUCGAGCAAGCCGGCUCGCGCAUGCGAUCAAUGCUACGAGACGGUCUUCCCUCUCUUGCAUGAGCCUGAACACGACGAUGAUGAAGAGCGUCCACCCGCUCCGACCCUCACCCUCGCUCGUCUUCCUCGUCUCCUCAACGCACCACAACACGCUACAGCCCGCCCCGCCUCUUUGCUCAUGGCGAUCGACUCGCCUUCCCGGCGACCGUCUGAACUGUCCUUCUCGGCUUCCUCGGCCGACGCCCUGAACGACUCGACGUACUCCCUCAAUGCAGGCGCCACACCCGAACCUCUACCUUCUCCUUCAGGUGUCGUGCGCUUCAAGUCCUCGACUCGUCCGAGAUCGUACCAUCAGAUCCUCGAGGAUUUCCACACGCCCCCUCCCGCCACAGAGAUACCUGUCAGCCCCAGCGGCGCAUCUCUUCUGGACAGUCAAACCGAGAGCGAGCUCGAAGCCCCGCCGAGCCCAUCUCCGCGCGAGAACACAGCACGGAGGAGGAAGAGGUUCUCGUUACCUGCUGUGGCGUUGCAGACUACGGCUGUGACCGCUCAUGCAGGCGGGCCGAAUGCGGGCGGGAAGAGGUUCUCGCUUGUGCUUGGGUCUAGGAGGACCGCUACGCCUACGAGCGAGAGGGAGGAUGUUGCGAAUGGGCGGUCAAGGGAAGACUCGGUGGUGAGCAAGCUGAGCGAGCUGUUGGGGAGGAAGGGGCGUGCGGAGGUGAAUAUCUAG